AUGCACGGUUACAGCUCCUCCGAAGAGUCGGAUGACCCUCGUCGUCCUCGCCCCGUCCCGGCGUCGAACAACAGUACGGACCAAAAGAAGAAGAAAAAGAAGAAGGCGCCCCCUCAGCCAUCUAUCAACCAUAUCUGGAAGAAGUUCCAGAACAAAAAGUUUAACAAGGCACUCGCUGUGCUUCCUUUCGACCCCGUACUGCCACCCGCAAGCUCCGACAAGCCUAACGAGCUGUUGAGCGUCGGCUACGAGCGAGCCGUUGAGGAAUGCCGCCGCAAAGUCAAGAAGAUCAUCCAGGAGUGCCGGAGGGUCAACAUGCGAUACCGGGACCCUGGUUGGGAUUUGGACUGGGACCUGAAGUGGGAAAAGGGCCAUUGCCUCAACACCCUUGGCCAUACAAAAUGGCAGCUCUCCAGAUCGACCCUCUCCAACCCGAGCGCCUCGGUACCCAAGGCGGUCAAGCGUGUGCACGAGAUCUUUGAGAAGCCCACCUUUAUGAAGAACAUCAACGGCGGCGAUGUCAAACAGGGAAGCCUGGGCGACUGCUGGUUGAUGGCUACGCUGACUGCCCUCGCUAAUGUCGAGGGCGGCAUCGAGCGCACCUGCGUCGAGUACGACACCCGCAUCGGCAUUUAUGGCUUUGUCUUCUACCGCGACGGCGAAUGGAUUUACUCCAUAAUCGACGACAAGCUUUACCUCAAAUCCCCUUGCUGGGACUCCCCCAGCAUGCAGAGAGAUCUCCUUCAGCAGAUCGACCGCGAAGACGUCGAGCGAGUGUAUCGCAAGACGUACCAGACUGGUUCAAAGGCACUCUUCUUCGCCCAAUGCAAGGACCAGAACGAGACGUGGGUGCCCUUGAUCCAGAAGGCCUACGCCAAAGCUCACGGCGACUACGCCUCGCUUGCUGGUGGCUGGAUCGGUGAGGGGCUGGAAGAUCUCUCCGGUGGCGUCACCACUGAGCUGCUCACCUCUGACAUCCUCGACACCGAUGGCUUCUGGGAGAAUGAGCUCGUUAAAGUCAACGAAGAAUUUCUCUUUGGCUGCUCUACCGGCCUUCUAGACGGGGGCUACGGCGAAAGAGACGGCAUCUCAGAAGGCCAUGCGUACGUUGUUAUGGAAGCGAGGACCCUCAAAUCCGGGGAGCGUCUGAUCAAGCUGCGAAACCCCUGGGGAAAGGUUCGCAAAGGCAUCUGGGAGGGCGCCUGGUCUGACGGGUCCAAGGAAUGGACCAUGGAAGUCCAGGAGGAGCUCGGCCACCACUUUGGCAACGACUCUGUCUUCUGGAUCAACUACGACGACUUCCUUCGCAAGUACCAGCACAUCGACCGCACUAGGCUGUUCCGAGACCCCGCCUGGCGAUGCGCCCAACGCUGGAUCGGUGUUGAGGUGCCCUGGAAGUCGCAAUUCAACGAGAAGUUCCAGAUCAAGCUGUCUAAGGACGGGCCGCUUUGCCUGGUUCUGUCCCAGCUUGACACUAGAUACUUCAAAGGGCUGCAGGGGCAGUAUGUUUUCCGCAUACACUUCCGCAUCCACGAGCGUGGCCGCCCUGGUGCCGAGGAUUACAUCGUGCGCUCCCACGGAAACUACCUCAUGGACCGAUCCGUCUCCAUCGAGCUGCCGGACAUGCCCGCUGGAGAGUACAGCAUCUUCAUGAGUGUCACGGGAGAGAGAGACACAAGCUUGCCGUCUGUUGAAGACGUCGUCAAGCGUGAAUGCCGAAAGCGUGUUGAAAACGACAAGCUGGUCCAGACUGGUUCAGCGUACGACCUGGCUCACAGCAAGGGCACGGCACACCUCCAAGAGGUUGCUCGCUUGCGCAAGCUCAAGGAUCAACAGCGGGCUUCAGAGUCCCGUCAGAAGGAGCGCCGCAAGCUCUGGGAAAGGCGUCAUUUGAACCGCGAAAUCACCAAGAAGCAGACAAAGAAAAACAAUGAGAAACGGGACCGCAGAAAGGCCAAAGCCGAGAUAGAGGCUAAACAGGCCUCAGAGGUGAAGGAGAAGGAGGAGAAGGAAACGAAGAAGGAUGAGGCUGAGAAGGCCAAGGACCAGGCCGUCCAGACCGAGGAUUUCAAAGAGAAGCCUGAGGAGUCGCCCAAAGAAGAGCCCAAGGAAGACAAGCCUGCUCAAACCGAGACUGAGCCCUCUGAAAAGAGUAAGGACUCAAGCGAGGAGACUGCCGACAAGCCUGCUUCCGAUGACAAGUCUAAGGACAGUGCCGAGGGCGACUCCAAGACCGGUCCUCAAGAUGAUGCCAAGAAAGAUACAGCCGACAAGCCCGUUGCCCAACCUGCGCCAUCUCCACCACCAGCCGCGAAAGCCUACGACUCAGACGGCGACUCGUCAGACUCGCCGGUCGAGGACUGGGAGGAACUGUACAGUGACGACGACAUGGUGAGAAAGCCACGUCUCGCUCCUGCAGGGCCGCCCAAAACCCGCGAAGAGCGCUACGAAUCUGACGAGGAGGGCCUGCCCGAUCCUUGGAACGCCAUCUGCAUCGUUGGCGUUCGCGUUUACUCCAUGGACGAGGACCUGGAGGUCCGUGUUGUCAUGGAAGGCGACGAGCUCCUCGAGGGUGGCAUGGGCAAGAAGGGCGAGGCUGAUCUCGACAAUGCCCAGGUUAACGCUGGAGGGGAGCGUGAGAAGCUGGAGGCCGAUGUCAAGGCUGAAGACACCCAGUUGGAGUCUUCAAAGGUGCAAGACGAGGCUCCGCCCAAGACUCUUGUCGACGAGAAAGAAGAUGCAAAGGAGUCCGAGCGCGACAAGAUGGACAACAAGGAUGUGGCCAAGGAGGCGAACGAAGACUCCAAGUCUGAAAGAAGCGUCGAUUCCGAUAGAAGUGUCAACACUGAUAAGACGGUUGACUCAUCCGAGUACGACAAGUUGGACUCGGGAGCCUCGACGCCUGAGGUGGUUGCCACGCCCGAACCAACGCCUUUAGAUACGCACAAAGAAUUGUGCUAG